AUGGCAGAACAGCAACAAAUCUCACCCACCUAUAUAUUACGAGGACCCAUGAUCGCUGCGGGAGCACUGGUUUCCUUUGCAAUACCAUAUGUGAUAGAGCUCUCGCCUCGAACACUCUGGCACCUGUCCAUUAUCGUUGGUGCCAUGCUGUGGUUUUGCUGGGACUUGCAGAAAUGGGUGGAACGCACUUUGCGAAUUUCACUUGACCGAUUGCUCAAUAGUCUGGUCUUGGACGAUAUAUUACGCAUGAUUUACGAUCCCGAGGAUGGAGUAUUGGCGUGCAUGGUGGGUGGUUUCUUUGGAGCCACCACCAUGUAUGGCUUGAAAUUGCAAGAAGAAGACAAGACACGAUUGGUGCAAGCGACAUUGGAAAUUGAUUAUCAACAAGCGAAUUCAUUGUUAAUGACUCCGGGGGGUUGCAAGGCGUGGUUGCCGCAAGGCAUGCAACAAUGGUUGAAUCAACAUCAUCAACAUACUCCAUCACAAUCUUCCAACAAAAUCAAGGCUAUUGAAGACUAUGGAACAGAACACUACAGCAAUGUUGGUGAGAGAGACGAGCGUGGAGAAGAGGAGGAGGAAGCGUCGCUCAAUCAUAGUAGACCAACAUCACCGCUUGCUAGUGAACCCUUGUUGAAAAAGCCACUAAAUGGAGGUGAAAGUAAAAUGAAUAUUGAUGCCAAUGGCAAUGGCAACGAUGAUGCCAAGGCACGAAAACAAGGCAUGCCCGUUGAUACAUCGACGCCACAGAGGCUUUGCAGGAACCCAACCGAUCCAGUAGACGAAAUGGUAUCCAUAUUGCGGAGGCUUGCCUAUUCGCAAGCCAAACAGUACCUGCAAAGCAUUCCGGAAUCUCUCUUGGAGACGGUUGGGUUGUCGGCAGUGGCCAUGCUAGGAACUCAUCUACACUUUAACAGGCGGAACAAUAGAAGAGGAAGCUCGACGCUUGGAGUAGCAACGGGCCUGUUACUGGCCGGAGUGGCAAGUGGGGCGAUUUCCACAAUAGUGGCCAAGCGCAUGAUGUUGAAGAAAGGCUCCUUUUCCACAGUCUGUCGCGAAAUGAUGACUCGGUCAUGGCAAACCAUCAAAGACCAAGCACUAAGAAAAGAACAAUGGCGAUCUUAUUUGGCUAUGAUAGUGUUGCUGGUACUUGGAAGACGGCAGAUUAGGAGGUGA